AUGUCGCCUAAAGAGCAAGAAGAAGUGCCGUUUGAGGCACGACUGUUAGAUUAUGUCGAUCCUGAACCGGUCGCCCCCGGCCUGAAAAAUGCUACAGGCCUUGUGGCCCUAGCCUCUGCGAACCGGGACUUCUUCACAUCUGAGUACAUGAGCCAUACCUGGAAGACGAGUUCCAUCAAGAACAAGCUGGAAGAAGGCAAAAAUCUGAAGGCUCAACAGAAAGCUGAGAAGUCAUUGCCUUCCGAUGUUCACUUCAAGCUUGACCGCUUACAAAACGACGCAGAGUGCUUUCGUCUGCUCAAAGUUCAGUCUGUGGACCCAAAGGGCCUCAUUGAGUGCACCGUAGAAGAGUUCAGCUUUGCCAGGCGUCCUCCGUUUGUGGCACUAUCCUACGUGUGGAGUGACAAGGGCCCAGUCGCAGAGUUUUCCAGAGACUUCCGCAGGCCCGACAACGACCAACUUUGGCCGUUAAACCCUGGAGAGUUGCGGAAGAUCAAAUGCAACGGGAAGCCAUGUGAUGUUAGCGCCAACCUUCACGCCGCUCUUGCUGGACUCAACAAAAGCUUGAGCGGCCGCUACCUUUGGGUGGAUGCAGUCUGUAUUGACCAGACGGCAGGAAACGAGAACCACGAAAAGGGCGUUCAAGUCCAGAACAUGCACAAAAUCUAUGGAGGUGCAGAUGAGGUCUUCAUUUGGCUCGGACGCAAGCACAAGGGACGGGAUAUUGCAUUCAGUCUGCUCGAAUCAUGGCCCCGCUUCCCAGACGACGUCAGCAACGCGAAUAUAGCGUUUCGAGGGAAGACGUAUCGCACAGCAAAGGACUUUAUGGAUGCCACUGCUGCAAAGGCAGAGCUUCUUUCAUGGGGAUGCUUGAUGCAGGCGGUAUCAGAAGGAUGGUUUCAAAGAGUAUGGACACUUCAGGAGUUCAUAUUGGCACGGAAAUACUCCUUCUUCUACGACGGCAAGCAGAUUCCCACUGAGGCCAUGAAAAGCGCAAUGUCAUGGGUUUACUUCAUAUGCCAAAUGGGCCCGUCGACCAUUCUCCCGGCAUGGAUAAACUUCCAACCAUCCAUCUUCACUCUGAAGCAAGACUUCGAUCAGAAAGGCCAGAAGCUCGACUUCGCAAAAAGCGUCUUCCUCGGCGGGACCAGGCUCGCAAAAGAUCCCCACGACAAAGUGUACGCCCUGCUAGCCGUCACCGACCCAGAAUCUCUGCGACCAUCAGCCGACCUUCCCGCCUUGACAGUGCAAUACGACCUCCCAAUGCAAGACCUCUACCUCGACACCGCCCUCCGCCUCCUCCACGGCACAGCCGGCCUCUCCAUCCUCUCCCUCGUCCACCACCCCCUCGCCCCCCUCCGGCCCCCCAAAUCCAAAAAACCAAUCGGCAACCGCCUCCUCGACGAACACCGCGGCAAAUCCCGCGGCUGGACCAAAACGACGCGCUCCGUCAUCGCCCCCGCAGAAGACCCGUCCCUCCCUUCCUUGCAGCCGGACUGGCGGCACCGCUCCGCCACCGACGCCUUCCCCUCCUGGGUCCCGCAGCUCACCACCACCCUCGGCAGCGCGCCGCUGUCCUCCCAACGCGGCGGCGGCGGCGGCGGCGAGGACGCCAACAUCUUCCGCGCCGCCGCGGGCGUGCCGGCGUCGUUUCGCACCUCCGGCGGCGGCGGCGGCGGCCACCGCGUGCUCACCGUCGCGGCCAAGCCGGUCGAUCGGAUCGCGCGCGCCGUCCGCUUGCCGCAGUCGGUGCGGCCGCUGCACUGGACGCGGUUCGCGGAGAAGGCGGAGCGCGCGGCGCUGUGGGACCUCGUUGCGGGGAUCGUCGGUCGUGGUGGUGGCGGCGACGGGAAAAAGGGGAAGAAGCGGGCGGGGGCGGAGGCGGAGGCGGAGGCGGGCGCGGCGGGGAUCACGUCUGGUGGGUGGUACGCGCCGACGGGGGAGCGCGGCGUCGCGGCCGUGUGGCGGACGCUCGUCGGGGAUGUGUGGAAUAAGCGGCAUCACCCGGCGCCGGGGUAUGUGGAGGUGUUUUUCUUGAACUGGCUGGCGAAGGCGAGUUGUGUGGAUGAGGCGAAGGUGCGGCGGGGGUUGGGGUUGGAGAGGGAGGUGGAGUAUCGCAGGGAGGAGGUGUUUGAGAUUGGGCUGAGGGAGGGGGGGCUGGAUCGCUGGUUUGUGGUGACGGAGAAGGGGUAUUUUGGGCUGGCGCCGCCGAGGGCGGAGGUGGGGGAUGAGGUUGUGUUGGUGGCGGGGAUGGGGGCGCCGGUUACGCUGAAGAAGCAUACUGCGGGGGAGAAUAAGUGGCUGUUUGUUGGGGAGACGUAUGUGCAUGGGAUUAUGAAGGGGGAGUUUGAGGAUGGUGGGAGGGGGUUCGUUGAUAUUGAUAUCUUGUGA